AUGAUAUGGAAGUGGAGUGGUACAUCAGUGGCAGAGGGUAUCUGUAAAUUGGUGUUGACAUUUCAUAAACUAUCAAACGAGAUUGGUGAUACUGGACUCGUAAAGAGUGUACUAUUUGAGCAACCAACAGUCUCUCACCCAAACCCGUUAUCUGCCUCUAAUCAAAACGCAUUGUCCUCUUCAUCGACAUCAACAUCAUCUUCUUCAUCUACAUCCACCUCGUCUACGACAAAUACAUCAUCUACAACAACAACAACAACAACACCUUCUGCUGCCGCUGGAAACAGUUCAACAAAUGUUAGACACUCUUUCCACCACAGAACGCCAUCUAGUACUGGAUCUUCAUCAACAGCAAAAAGAAUCAAAUCAGCUCCUACGACACCACCUAUUAGAUUAUCAUGUGAAAAGAAUGACAAGUUUACAGUAUCUGUAUUUUAUGAACAGGCAGACAAAGAAAAAGAGGUAAAGGAAUUCCUACAGGCCAUUCUUUCCGAAUUUUCAAACAAAUACGCAUCACAAUUGGCAUCUCUUCGUCCACUACUCAAUGAGAUGAGCGAGUUUCCAGAAAAAUGUCAGACAAAGCCAGAAGAGAUAAUUAUAAAGUUUAAAGAUUUCGGACAAACUUGUGAUAAAAUUUUUACAAUAAAUAUGAAAAAGCCUGACCGACAUUUUAAAAAAGAGCCAGAGGUGACAUCGAUUGGUAGAAAUAAUAGGCAUAGAAAGCAAUGGCUCGAGAUUAUGGUACAACAAAAGAAAGACAUACUUGCCAUUCAGACACUUAGGAAUCAUGUCAUGUCAUCCACUCUAUUGGCAACUGCAUCGAUUACAUUGGUGGUACUCAUUCUAAAUAUCAUUGUUUCUGGCAAUUUGACAAAGGUUUUGGAUUCAAUGAGAAUAGUUGGUGCCAGUAAUUCAGAGAUACUCGUGUACAAAGCAUUUGUACUAAUCCUUAUAUAUCUAUUCUCCUUUCUCAGUAUGGUCACUUGCAUACGUUAUCAAACACAUCUUGCCUAUUUAAUCAAUGUUGCUCCAUUUCAUCCAGAGUGUAGUCUUGAUUACUGUAAUAAUAUAAUGUUGGCUGGUUCUCAUCAUUAUACUUUGGGUGUUCGUGCUUUUUAUUGUUCAUUAUCGGUUAUUUUAUGGUUUUUCGAUCCAAUAUUCCUAUUAAUAUGUACUAUUAUGUUGAUAGCUUGGUUAUAUUUGGGUGAUAUUAGUGAUUCUGUCAUACCACGCCAAGAAAAGAAAGAAUAUAAAAUGAAAAGAAAAUCGCGUGACAGGGACAUGGAGAUGGGAGAGCAACAAGAUCAUGAUAUCGAACAAUAA